AUCCAAUAUAAAAAGAAGUAAGUUUCUAAGUAGCUUAGAAGACAACCAACGAUCAAGAACGUUCGUAUCAAGGAAUCGAUUAGGGCGGUUACUGACGUGCUGUUUUUUACAAAUUCAAACAUGGGUUCAAGACUGCUCCACCGUCUUGGUUCUUCAGCAGCCCUGUUUAGUCGAAAAGAUUGUUUUUUCUGGACAAACAAACGUCUAAUUUCCUGUCUGCAAGAAGGGCAAGUGGUUGUGCGACUUGCAAAAGCAAGUGACUUUGACGAGGUAGUUAAACUGUCUAAGAAACUUAAAGACGCGUUUGACUAUGUCCCCUACAGAUUUCAUAAAUGGCUUCUGGAGCCCAACAGAAUCUCUUUGGUUGCCGAAAAAGGGACAGAGGUAGUUGGUUUCGCAGAAUACUCCGUCGUCGACGGGGAAAAAUCAGUGCUUAUGGAAGCUGGAAGAAUUGAUCCUAAUCACAGAGGUCAUGGUAUACUCGGUUUACUAAGGGAUUUUACACUUGUGCCUAUCCGGGAAAAAUUCCCAAAAGUUGUGCGUUCCAGGUACACGGUGUGGUCUGGGGCUUAUCAAGCAGUGAGAAAAACGAUCCAAAAGCAUAACAUCUGCGAUAAAGAACUGUACCACUAUGAUUUUUUAACCUACAAAGUUGAGCCAGAACAUGUCAGUUUGAAAUACAAGUUAGAAAACUGUCCGAAACUUCAACCUUGCCCAAAGGAAGAGUUUAAAAAACGCAUUCUGGAAAACGCCAGUACCAGCUCUCUCUUUCCUAAUAACAUGCUCGUCAUUGAUUGGCAACCGUUUAAAGCCAUCCCAGCCAACUUCAAAUCCAUCGUACAAGACCAGGAUCGAUAUUUCGUCGAUUCGUCAAACGGUCUUGCGAGAACUUUGACAUCUUUUAGUUUGGGAAGAUUUGUACAGCUUGUUUGUGGCAUGGUGUGGACAUCGACCAUCUACGCUAGGGACGCAAAGCUAUGUCAGUCCCACGUGAUCCAUCAAUUGAUGAGUGCCCAUCAAACUGCAAAAGGAAGUUUUCUAUUCAGCACCUUUCAAGAUCCAUCACUUACAAGGCAUUGUGAAGAAGCCCUGACGGACAUUCCGGGGGUUACAAAGAUGAAUGAAGAAGAGUCUACGCAAAAGAUGUUUAUCUUUGAGGGUGAAUUGCAAGAUUAAGAUAAUAUAAUCGAUGAAUCGAUUGUAGCAGUAGCUAGUUCCAUGCUAUUUUACGUAUGGAGGUUAGGAAAUACCUCUCAUGUAUAAAUACCCUUUCUCAAUCUCGAAGACCUCUGAUUUUCUGCUGGCGUAUCUCUAAUAUCCCUUUUACUGCUUUUAUAUUGUUAUGUUUCCUUGAACAAGUUUGGUUAAAUGUUUUGUUUAUCAUAAAUUUAUACACAGCUAGGUUUAGAUUAUCCUUAAUUUAUUUACCUACCUGUUUAUACUCCUGAUUUUACCAUG